AUGAUAAACGAUAUCAUGUUACUGAAAGAAGAGGAAAUAUCACAUGGUGGACUUCAUUCUGCCGAUUCUAAGUCGUCUCUGCUGAAACGGCGAUCGUCUGUGGCACCGAAUCAUGCUGUACAUACUGGACGGAAAAGGAAAUUGGUGCUACACUUUGACAUACGAAAUACAAUCCUCGUAGCCGAUUCAGUGACUAACGUGAGUGUGGAGCAUGCCCUAAAUAGUUUUUUAACCGGAGUUACGUGGGGUAAGGAAGUUGAAGGGAAGUGGCAAUGGCAAUCGGAUCAAGUGUCCCUCAAACCCCCGGGGAACGAUCAGUUGUUGACGUACUACAAAUAUUUGGAAGGCAGGUUAGUUCGGACACCGUCGGAUCGUAAAGAUCUUCGGAUCCAAACUGGUGAUUUUACACAAAGCUCAAUCGGAAAGGAUUUUAAACCGAAUUUCGAACGACAUAUGAAUUUGUUGAAGUGGGACCACGAAUAUGAUGAAAGCCGGGAUCAGAAAUUGACCAUGUCUGGGUUAGAUGGUAAACGCUAUCAUUACGUCAUACCGUCGUUUUAUAAACUCAUUCAUUUUCUCAAAAGCAAACAUCGAGAUUUCUCUAUCAUUCUCCGGACGUAUGGACUGGACGCUCCUAACGUGCUGGAGAGUAUGGCGUACGGUUUAAAGGGAAAUCAUCCUGGGUUCUCACAAAGUUUGAACAUUCCGAUUCAUAAACGCACUGGAAACAUCCGACGCACUAACGACGGGUUAAUCGAAAUGGAAUUGUUAAAAAGUAAUGGAGAAAUUUUACAGAAGAUGAACCAUGAGCGAGACAUGUACCGAUUGUUUUCGCGAUCGGAAGGAAUCAUGGCGUUCAAGGACGAUUUUCAGCAUUGGCAGAACAACUCGUAUUCUUUUAGUGCUGGUAAACCAAUGUGGAUCGACCCGACUGAUGCUUCAGUGCAUCAUAUUUUCUUCGAUGACAAUUUUCGUAGUUACGAAGAGGACAGUAUCAUCGAUUUACGAAUUUUUGAAGACGAUGUACCGAAACGUGCUCGGAGUUUGACGCACGACGAGGUGGCCCGUUUUGAAGAGAUGUGUUUGGUGCAAGCCGACCUGCUAGAAAGUAUAGAAAACGAGGACUAUUUUAUCAACCGGUUAGCCGAAUGUGAGAACAGUUAUAGUAAAUUUUUGAAGGACAGAGAUAUGGACAGAUCAGUUGCAUUCAACAAUCUGCAGCCAAUCUGUGUUGUUGUUACUAAACAGCCAAGUAGAGAGAAUAUUUUAAAACUGAGAGAAGAAUUAAUGAAACUUGAUGUCGGUUUGUUACAAGAUUUUCAAGAAUAUGUUAUUUUCCCUCUACGCCUGGUCUUUAAACAAACUAAAACAAUAGAAGAAGAUACCUACAUCAAAACGUGUGAAUGUUUGAAAUAUAUUUUUGACAAUACAACAAUAAGUAACUGGCAGAUGGUACAAGAUUUAUUCACCACUAUCUGUUUUCUCAUUAACCCUCCAAAUGGAGAAUCCAAAGAGGAGAGUAAAUCGGAAGAGUUUAUGUUGAUUUUGUUGAAUUGUUUAUCCAGUUUGAUUACUCAUACAGAAUGGAGUACCAUACAACAUCUAUAUGAACCUUCCUCUCUACCAGCUCUGGGCCAUGCUGUAUCUGUAUUGUUGAAGGAAGCAGAAUUAGAGAGAUCUCGAAGCCUGCAGAUAGCUGCUUUAAAUUGUUUGGAUUCCAUUGCCCAGACUCAUAGAAAAGUUUGUCGAAGUGAAAGACGGACAUUAGGUGAUAUCUUAGCAUCGUUUUUACCAGGAAUAUCCAUGGCGCUAACUAGAGUUAUAACUGGUGAUAGUAAACAGGGACAUGCUGUCAUUGUGAAAUCAUUAGAAACAUGGAGUAAGAUUACCAGUCUAGUGAUGAACAAUGAAGGUUUACAAGAUGAUAAUAAUAUUACAGUUAAAACUCACAGUAGAGUAAAUGAGAAGAUAAAAGAGUUAAUGAUAAAAAGAAAUAUAGAAUGGUUUGAAUCGACGACCAGUAAAUUAGUCAUAUUAUUAAAAGAAUUAGUAACCAUCAGAACCAACAGUAAUUGGAGAGUCCGCAUGGCUCUUGUGGAAUCAGCAGAUCUUUUGUUAAAGAAAUGUAACAGGACAAUGUCAAAGACGGUGCCUAUUUUACUAGAUGUUUUAGUAGGAUAUAUAGGUGAUGAUUAUACCAAUAUCAGGAAUAAAGCCCUGGCUACACUAGACCAAUUCAAACAGCGGCAAACAGAUGUCUUGGAUUCCAGAGCCCUGCAGGAAAUACUGGCUGAAAAUUUACAUAAUUUGACGACAGCCUUACCUAGACAAAUACGUAUGGCAGAUGAAGAAGAGAAACUAUCAAUUGUAAAUCUUCUAAACGGUUAUCUUACUCUACUUGGAAGUGACAUCAAUAAAGUUUUGAGAUCGGUGGCUCAUCUGAGACGGUUAUUUUUAUCUCUAGUUCAGUCGUUCGAGUUGGACUGUUCAGAUAUCAGAAUAAUAGAACAUCAUACACUUACUCUCGAUUCUACUAAAGACAGUGAUAUCAGGAAACCAGUCAAAGUUUUUAAACAUUUUCGAGACAAUAAGAUUGAAACCGGUUUAUAUCAGACUUGUUGUUUGUUAGGACAGUAUGGUGAUAGUGAUGUUAUAGUAGAUCAUGUGUUAGAUAUAUAUCAUGAAACCAGUCUCUAUAGACUACAGGCUAUACUUAUCAUCAAUAAAAUAGUCCAGGGAUUGUCAACAACGGAAAAUAAUGAGGAAAGAAAUGAAAGAAAAAUGGGAAUUGUCAGAAUGCUUGUAGAAGAAUAUUUAUCAGAUGCCAAUUUUGAUCUCCCUGUAACCAACAUAGCCCCUGGUGGUACUAAUGACUCCAUACAACCCAAACAGACCAAACCAGCUUUAACACUAGCCAACAUGAACACAAAUAUCAUGCAAAUUUGUUUGAUUUUAGAAGGAAUUGGAACAUUUGCUAAAGUGACCGGCCGAGAGUUUAAUACUAUGUUGAUAGAUGUCUUGUAUCCAGUGUUAGAAAAACUAGGACAAGAUAAUAACUAUAUUAACAACACAGCAUAUUUAACUUUGACUGAUAUAACCACAGCCUGUCAUUAUAGAUCAAUUGAUGAAUUAAUACGAAAAAAUUCUGACUAUCUGGUUAAUGCGAUAUCACUGAAAUUACGUCAGCGCCAAGAUGGCUACCGAGCACCACAGGUUCUACAAGUCAUGAUACAGUACAGUAGUUCUGAAAUAAUUCCAUUGAUACAUGACACUAUUCAAGAGAUUUUAGAAUCUUUGGAUGAUAAUUACGAAGAAGAAAUAUUAAUUUAUUUAAAUGUUUUAAAAGAAUUGGUCAUUUCUGUCAAUCGCUGGUUUCCUCACAAACAAGAAAAUCAAGCAAAUUCCAAGAUUUCGACCGACAAACCUCAUCUCUAUGACGACUGCCAGAGAUUUGAGAAACUGUCCAUAGAAGAUAUUGAGAAGUAUUUUAAAGAGUAUCAUAGGAAUAAAGAAAUUGAGGGUAACCUCUCCAGCUUGGGGGAGGAUGUUGAUGAAGAUGGUGAUGAGGAUCCUCUGGUGGCAACCGAUACGACUAAACAGUUACCUUAUCAUAUUACAGCUGUACAACAGAUAUUAACCAGAACGAAACAUUUAUUAUCAUCUACGAAUGGACGUCAUAGAUUACAAGUUUUACAGAUUAUACAACAUUCUGUUAAAGCCUUAAAACAUCACCAAGAUGAGUUACUGCCCUUGUUACAUGAAUUAUGGGUGCCGUUUUCACUGCGCUUCUCUGAUGAAGAAAAACUGGUGACCAUUAAGGCUAUGGAAACACUGACAAUAAUAGUAGACAACUCGGGUGAAUUUUUAAUGAAGAGAGUUGUGAAAAACAUCUGUCCUGUCAUCAAACAGUUUUUAUACAGUCAGGCUAAAAUCAGUAUGAAAAGUGGAACUAUGUAUUCAUAUACUAUCAACUAUAAACUUCAAUUAGUUUAUUUACAAUCAUUGGGACACCUGGCUUAUAUGUUAAAGCUACAGUCAUAUGAUUUAGAUGUUCUGGUAUCUAGCUGUCUACCUUAUCUUAGCUGUCAUCAACACAUAGCCUUACAACAGGCAUGUUUAAAGACAUUUAACUAUCUGGUAAAACUAGACAGUGAUAUUGUAUGGUUAGCUUUAUAUAAUAUCUACAGAGUGACAACUAUAACACCACCCUCUACCCUAUUUAAACACUUAAUAUUGAAAGGAAGUGAGAAAGAUAACAAUGAAUAUAAAGAAAAUGUAAAGUUGUUAAUGUUAUCCAUUGAUAAUAAAAUAUAA